AUGGAUCCUCCGAACAUCGCUCCCAUUCUUAAUGCCGCAGCAAACGCCUUGGUACUUUCAUCUCUAAAAGUUCAAUUUGCUUACAAUAUCUUUUAGGUGAAUAAUCUGACUGGCUCUACGGACCAAAUCCUUCGUCUUCUUGCAUCUCACACGCUCUCCGAUCAAGAGUACAACUACUUUGGGCACUAUCUCAUCAAAUUCUACGACGAAAGCCGGAAACAAAUGACUGGAUUCUUGCGAAUCAUAAACAACGGAGAUGAAGACGCGGAUGACGCAGGGGACCGUCUUUCCGCUCUGUUGGCUCAUGUUCUUCGUGCACUGACUAGAAUUGAGGUGAGUUUUACAAAAAGCAAGAUUAAUUGUAGCGAAAACAGUCAAACAAACCCUUUCUAUUUCCAUUUCAGACAGCGCAAGUCCACCUUCAGCCGGGAUCGAUGUACUAUGCUGGAUUUUUCCGUCAAGUGAUUGAUGUGCACAAAGCGCUCCACUCGUACUACUUCGGAAACGGAGGUAAUUCGUUGAUUAUCCUUGACAGUAGAAGGUGUGUCCCGUUUUCUCCCUCGUUUUCCCCUACACUGUUUUGCCAAAUCCUUGACUCUAACAACCUCUCGGACGUGGACGCCAAUAGUUAUUAAGCGGCCUGUGUGCAUUUUUUUAAAAUUGGCAUAAACCCUUGACGGUCACGGGUACAAGGCAUUUUCUAAAAAUUGGCAAAAACCCUUAACGGUCACGGGUACAAGGCAUUUUUAAAAAAUUGGCAUAAACCCUUGACGGUCUCGGGUACAAGGCAUUUUUUAAAAAUUGGCAUAAACCCUUGACGGUCACGGGUACAAGGCAUUUUUUAAAAAUUGGCAUAAACCCUUGACGGUCACGGGUACAAGGCAUUUUUUAAAAAUUGGCAUAAACCCUUAACGGUCACGGGUACAAGGCAUUUUUUAAAAAAUGGCAUAAACCCUUGACGAUCACGGGUACAAGGCAUUUUUUAAAAAUUGGCAUAAACCCUUGACGGUCACGGGUACAAGGCAUUUUUUUAAAAUUGGCAUAAACCCUUGACGGUCACGGGUACAAGGCAUUUUUUGAAAAUUGGCAUAAACCGUUGACGGUCACGGGUACAAGGCAUUUUUUUAAAGCACAUCUUCUACUCUUAACAUCUCCAUUGACUGACGAAUCAAAAGCAUAUAGGCAAACUAGUGUUUGAUGUUCAGUGUUUAUUUUCAGAUAAGGACGCUAUGCGCCAAGUAGUUUGUACUAAAGCGGAGCCAAUUCUGACCCAGAGAGGUAUCUUUGAUUACUCGCUGGGAGUUCACCUAGUUCUAAAGUACAUCACCGAAUUCGAUCAGCAAAGUACUAAGAGAGUGAUGAAAAUCCACGUAAGUUUUCAAACUUAAAUCCUUCCCAAAAGCCGCUAUUCAGAAGGAUAUCAAACCCAUUUCUCUUCGUAGACCCGGACUCGAUGAUUUCCAUAAAGACCUGCUCUACAAGGUGCUUUCAUUCCAGGUCAAUCUUGACAGCGAGUGGAGAGAUGCGUCUCAAAGAAAAUUGAGAAUGACGAUGGUAAAGAUUUUUUUGUGAGAUCCAUAUUCAUUUCAAUUUUUUCAGAGAAGAAAAAAUAACGAGUUGUUGGACCUACUUCUCACCUACAUCCAACUGGACAACGAACCCAUUGAACUGGAAUUUCUUCGCGCCGCUCGCAAAUCGGCCAGAGAGGCCUUCGAGGCGACCGAGGCUCCUCUGUUCCAUCAAGGUGACAAAGCCAAUUCGGAAUCUUUGUGCUACAUUAUCUCUUAUUUGGCUAAGGAAGUGGAGGUAUCAGUAAGAGAAUAUUGUGAAAUCAUCUUUUUGUUUAGGACGUAAUGAUUCAAAAGCGCGAUUACGCCCGCAUCAACUUUCACCACUUGGAUUACAUGUAUGCCGUUAUCAUGCUGGCGGAGCUUGCAAGUCUAAACAAGGAGUUCGCGGGAGAAAACGCAGGUAUGGAAUUAAAAUUUCUUAAAAGAAAUUUGAAAUAUAUUUUUCCAGCUUACCAUCGCGCCGCUGACUGUCUUGCGGAUGCAUCUUAUGCCGCUCUGGAACUUGUUGAAAAUCCUAACACUCUCGAGGACCUUUUCGACGCGAUUAAUGAAACGUACACUCAAUUCAACGUUAAUAACCUUGGCGAGCUCUUUGCUUUUGUCAAUCUUACUAAGGUAAUUCAACAAAAAAUGUUUUAGCGAAUGAUUAUCAAUUUUGAGAUUUGCGAGGAACUGAAUGACACUGAGAUACCGACCAAGUUCUAUGUUGACUACGACGAGGUCAGGAACAAACUGAAGGCGGCGAAAGAGACACUGCUGCAGCAUUUUGUUCCGGUGAACAGAGAUGGAAACGGUCGUUUUGGCCUGAGCGGUCAGCAGUACGUUGCUUGUGUGCUUGCUAACGAUCGUCUCGUGAAUCCCUCUGAGUUCUAUGACCGUUACAUCCGUGCUCUGAACGGUCGUCCGUUUUGGGGUGAAGCCGUUCACGUACUGCCACAGGCUAAUCAGCUCCGUGCGGUGGCUAAUGCCUUAAGAGCCUUUGUUAAUCAGUACCGUCCGCAGCCUGAUUACUUCGAGCCACAAGCUAAUCAUAACGGUCCACUCGGUGCUCAAAACGAACCGCAGCCUAUUCAAGUCGCGCCACAGGAUGAUCACGUCAUUCCGCAUGGUCAAAUGAUUGACAACAACCCGAACAACGGUAUCAACGCUCCGGCCAACGGCAACACAAUCAAUGGCAUCGCUGUGAAGAUUGAGAUUGAGGACUAA